GUGUAAGCAGAAGAAUGUGUUGCAGUAUUCGGUUUGAGAAAUAUGCAGUGUUUUUCUUUUAAUUAUCAGUAAAUGUUCUUGUUGCUUUUCUGAUUUUCACUGCAGAGAUUCUUAUAAUUAAGUGUUAAUGGAAUGUACAAUUUUUACAUAAUUUAUCAAGAUUCACUUCCAAAAACAAAACUGAACGAUAAUGUGAUAAUUUUGCCAUUUGUGUUGGUGUGAAUCCGCUGAGAUGUAACCAAAGUUCGUUAUUUUAGCCAACAUAGCCACUGUUGGGUCUAGCAGCGGACUGUUUCCAAACAUCUAACACAAUCGGUAGCAGCGAUUUGGUGUGGUUUUUUCAUUCCAUGCUCGGUCUUACUGGCCGUAUAUCAUCAUCAGUUUGCUUUUGUCGUUCACUGCAGGCAGACGUGCUUUGUUUACAAUUACGUGUAUAACUACUGCAAAACAAAUCGCUACUUUAGUGAGUGAUAGAAUGAAAUAGAAUUUGAUCACUAUUCUAUUCGAGUGAGUCAUUGAAGUAGGUGAAGAACUAUUUUGAUCGAAAGGAUAAGGUCUGAAUUCUGUGUGACUACGAAUCUUUCCGAGCAGAUAAUCUUGCAGUAAUAAUAUUGUUUCUAGUGAUAAGUGAGUUAGCGUACCGAAAAGGCCUCCCCUUUAUCGGCUUGUCGAAGGAGCUGUAAAUUGUGAAUCGUGCUGUUAAUCAGCUAAUAUUUGCUCCGGUUAUCAACAGCUCGAGUCGCAAGUAGGCCGUGUCUUCUUGGUGCCUUGGUGAACUGUUUGCGGUUGGACAUAGCCAACUACGAUCGCAGCGAGAAUGUCCGAGGUGCCGAAGCUUGAUAUAACCGUUGAUGAGCGUGACGUGAUUCGUGGGGCCACCGAUGUGCUGAAGGUUAUCAGACCGCACUGGCUAAGCGACAGUGUUCAGUUCAAGCUAUUUACCGACGGAAUCACCAACAAAUUGGUCGGAUGUUUCAAUCAAAACAACAACCAAAGUGACAACGAUGAUAGCAGCCUCGACAGCCCGGGGGACGUUGUGCUGAUUCGGGUGUACGGGAACAAAACCGACCUGUUGAUUGACCGGAGGAAAGAAACGGAGAACAUCCAGUUGCUGCACCGGUACGGUUAUGCACCGGCACUGUAUGCGACCUUUCGCAAUGGGCUAGCGUACGAGUACGUGCCGGGAGUGACGUUGACGCCCGAUAGCUGCCGGGAGGAAUGCGUGUGGCGCCUGGUUGCCAAAAGGAUGGCUCAGAUGCACAAAGUCGACGACGGAAAGAACGGAAGCGGAAGGGAACCGAUGCUACCGACCAAGCUCAACCAGUUUCUGAAGCUGAUUCCACAAACCUUCAGCGAUCCGGUGAAGCAUGCGAGGAUAUCUCAAAUAUUUCCGAGUGUGACGGAGUUGAGACGUGAUUUUAACGAUCUGUACGGGAAACUUGUUCGUCUGGCUAGUCCGACCGUUUUCUGCCACAACGAUCUUCUGCUAGGGAACGUGAUCUACUGCAGGGAGCGCAAUCGAGUGACGUUCAUCGACUACGAGUAUGCCGCCUACAAUCACCAAGCUUUCGAUAUUGGCAAUCAUUUUACUGAGUUUGCAGGAAUCGAUGAGAUCGAUUACGACCGAUACCCGGACAAAGCGUUUCAGUGUCAAUGGCUGAGGGUCUACCUGGAUGAGUUCCGUGGGCAUGCCAGCACGGAUAGUGAUGUAGAGCGGCUGUACGUGCAGGUGAACCAGUUUGCGUUGGCAUCUCACUUUCUGUGGUCGAUAUGGGCGCUCAUUCAGGCGGAACAUUCGACGAUCGCGUUCGAUUUUAUACAGUUUGGCGAAACCCGCUACCGAGAAUACCUUCGACGGCGCGAGGAGUUCCUAUCGUUGACCUACCAAAACUGAUCUCGUUGGUCAACCGAAAUCUCACCUGCAACCAAAAGAAGGGCAGAAAACGUAUCGUUCUUGGGGCCAGCACCUGUGAUUUUCUUCUGCCAAAGCUAAUUUGGAAAAUAUUGGACUCUUCUUCAAACCAACGUACCCAAAAAAAAAAGAAAUAAUGAUGUUCAUUCCACUGCUGGUGUAACACCGCCAUAUCCGAAGCUCAAUUCCCGACCAGCCCGGAAAACUAAGAGAACUGAAAGUUUUAUCCUCAAGAUUUCAGACGAAUGUGAAGUAGCCCAAAGCAAUAUUGUGUUUAGUUUUGCUGUUUGUUUGUUUGUUUUAAAUAUUUUAACAUAUAAUUAGACAAAAAAUCACCGUUUAGUCAUACCAAUUAAACUUUUUAUGAAGUUAAUUUAUUUCCUAUUAUUUACACACCGUUGUUCAGCGAAACGUUUUACGUCUAACGUGUGGUAACGGUUCAAUCCUAAACUAAACAAGUGUCAAUCUCCUACAAAACAAAAAGUACUCUAUAAAUGCA